UGUCGUGCUUCCAGACAAAAGCUCCAUUGGGCCGUGCAGCAGAGGGCUGCUGGUUCCCAGAGACCCUCCAGGACGCCCAGUCGCUCUGCCGCCCGCAGCCCAGACACAGCAGCCCCGACACGGACACGGAGCCUCGCCCUGUUGCCCCCUCUGGUCCUCCUCUGGAGCUCCGACCUGUGUGGACUACUAAUGGAUGGGAGGAGGCUGAUCUGAAGAGGAACUCUGCAGAGGAAACAGAAGAACUUUAUCUGUCUGGACCACAGACCUCCAGGACUGGAUGUCCUCAAACAUCAGGCUGUCUGCUCCGUCCGGAAACCCUCCUCAACUUUGCUUCAUGUUCUGGUGAAAUUCUGCAGCUGUGAAGGUAAUCUGAACAUUUUUACUGGAAUUGUUGAAUGAACUGAACCACUGGUCCAGGAUCAGAUUUGCUCGGUGUCGGGAACUUUGCCAACGUCCAGCAGAUCGUUUUGUUCUGGACUUCUGGGACUUUCUGUCAACCCUGCUGGGAUUUACCCCGAGAGGUUCUGGAGGUUCUGGUCUGACCCUGAGAGGUUCUGGUCUGACCCUGAGAGGUUCUGGUCUGACAGGAACCUUCCAGAUGAAGUUCUGCACCAUGUCCUGGUCUCUGGGUUUGGUUUUGCUGCUGUCUCUGAUGUUCUUCACGGCUGCGAAGAGCGUCGGUCAGCCGGACGGUAAGCCGGAGCCUCUUUGGAAGAAAACCCGGGACGCCGAGCAGAGCCUCUCCGUCCCUGAGAUGCUGGACCUGGACGUGGACCGCCACCGCCGGUUGAGCCGCGGCGCCGACGAGGACGAGCAGCAGUCCACCUUCAGCCACUCCUUUGAGAACGACUGGGUCACGGCGCCGCAGGUCACCGAGUUCAGCAACGGGACCAGAGUAGCUUCGGGAAGCGAAGACGUUGUCCGCGGCAACGCCUCUGACCACGAGGCCCCGGGACUCUUCAACCCAUUUUACCCGCUGGUCGAGGGCUCGUACGCCGCCUACGCCGUGCUCUUCCUGGCCGGCCUGGUGCUGGCGGUGGGCGUGGUCGGGAACAUGGCCGUCAUGUGCGUCGUCUGGAACAACUACUACAUGAGAUCUGCCUGGAACUACCUGCUGGCCAGCAUGGCCUUCUGGGACUUCCUGGUCCUGGUGCUGUGCCUUCCUGUGGUGGUCCUCAACCAGCUCUCCCAUAGGAGGAUCCUCGGCGACAUCACCUGCCGCAUGGUGCCUUAUAUGGAGGUCGUGUCUCUGGGCAUCACUUCCUUCACCCUCUGUGCUCUUGGCAUCGAUCGUUUCCACGCCGCCACGUCUUCAUCACAGCCGAAGGCUCGGCGGGUGGAACGCUGCCGCUCGGUGCUACUGAAGCUGCUGCUGGUUUGGCUCGCCGCCCUGCUGCUGUCCAGUCCGGAGAUCUUCCUCUGGCAGCUCAGCCAGGCCGUCUCACCGUCCACCGGCCGGCUGGUCGACUCCUGCACCAUCACACCAUCCUCACCUUUAUCCCUUUACCUGCCCGACUCCCUGCACUCGCUGCUGCUCAGGUACCACCAGGGCCGCAUGUGGUGGUGUUUCGGCUGCUACUUCUGCCUCCCCGUCCUCUUCACCAUCCUCUGCCAGAUGGCCACCCGCAACGUCAACAGCGACUCCAGCUCUGCCCAGAAGAAGCAGCGAAGCCACGACGACCGCUCGUCCAAUCAGAAGCGGCAGCAGCACCAGGCGGUGGAGCGGCAGCUGAACUGCACGCUGCUGGCGCUAGCCGUGGUCUACGGCGUGUGCGCUCUGCCCGAACACGUGUGCAACAUCACGCUGGCCUACACGCACAUCACCGUCUCCGAGGACACCGCCGCCAUGCUGGCACUCUUACAUCACUUCCUGCUGUUCUUCAAGUCAUCGGUGACGCCGGUGCUGCUGCUGUGUCUGUGUAAGGCUCUCGGUCAGGCCUUCAUGGACUGCUGCUGCUGCUGCUGCCAGGAGUGUCAGCCAACCACGGCCCAGGGCUCACCAGGCUCCACCCAGGUCAAACUGAAGGCAGCCAAUGAGACGUCCAUCUUCUUUGACAAGGCUAAAGACACGUCGGCCAUCUUGUCCAUCUCCAGCUAGAGCCAUGAGUCUUCUUCUUCUCUUCCUCCUCAUUAACACAUCAGUUCUUUUCCUCCAAUGUUAGCAUCUCCUCUCCGUCCAGAACACAUCAGGAUCUUUCUUUCUUUCUUUCUUUCUUUCUUUCUUUCUUUCUUUCUUUCUUUCUUUCUUUCUCCUACCAGACUUGUUGUUUGUACGUUGUGGACUCAGUGUUUCCCUCCAGUCUGUGCAGGACUUCCUGUUUAAUCUCUAGACGUUAGAAGAGUUGCUGUUCUUGCACAUCCAGCUGUUGUAGAGCAGGAGGCGAUUCCAGGACUCUCUGGACGGACUCUUCUCCUAGACCUCCUGCUCGGGAUGCAGAGUAGAUGGAAAACCCCGGACGUCCUCUUUCCUCCUUAGGUUGAAGCUGUGAAGCUCAGUGUUUUUAUGUGUUCAAUGGAAACGUAAAUUAAGUGAAUUUAGGGCAACCGUUUCAAUGCAAGACGAGCUGGGUGGAGGAGGGUUCGCUGCUGCUGUUGGACGCUACUUGAAUACAAAGUAGGCUUGAUGUGGGGCCGAUCUUUGGCCAAACUCAUGUUCUGUGUGUUUAAAACAUGGAAAACAUCUUAAAAUGAGUUAGUAGUUACAAUUUGCUCAUGAGUUUGAAUGUUUCACCAUGACAGCUCAGCCCUACAUCGAUCUAUUUCUGGGCUAAACAAACAUUGUGUGAACGAGACAGAAAUACCCUCCAUGAACCUGGCUGAGGAUCUUCAUGGUCCCUGCAGGAAACACAAACUAAAUCCACACAACUUUAAUUAAAAUGUUAAAUUCACCCUUUGAUGCACAACAUGGGUCAAGAGAUUCACAUUUACCAUUGAACAUGGUCACUUUUGACACAUGUUGUGCAUCAAAGGGUUAAAUGAUGGGUUAGGGUUAGGGUCCAGAACAGAUUCCAGACUUUUACCUCGUCUCUAACUUGAGUAUAAACAGUCAAAAAAGACAGUCUGCAGAUUAAACUGGAUUUUUAUUUUGUAUUUGUAGGUAAUGCAUCGGAAAAGUUAAUGGAAACAGCAAAAUUAGAUGAAAGUAGAUCUUCUUCAUGAUAAUUUUACCCUGAUGUCAGUGGUUCUUAGAGAGCUUGGUCGUGAUCAGUUGAUCCACUCUGGAACCAGUUUUCCUGACCAACAGGUAAAUCUUCUGGUUUUCAGAACACAAAGAACUGGUCUGAGGUCAAGCAGCACUCAAACCACAGUGGUGGAAAACAAGUUCAAGAUUCUACCAUGAAACUAAAAUCCUGAGAAGAUUCAGGAAAUCCAUUCCCUGGCAGCUGUUUGAUGACAGUUUAUUAUGCGACAACACUAAAUAAUUUCCAGGUGGACCUCGUUGGUGCAUCUAGUCCAGGAUUUCUGAAGCACAACACAUGCAUAUAAACAGCCAUUGUAAAAUAAUAAAGUUAGAAAACAGGUUUUUCAUCUGCAGGACUAAAUAAUUAAAGUUCCUGUGCUCCUAGACUUCAGGUUCUUGUUUAGCAAAACUGGUUUAUUUCAGGUUUUGAUUUGGAUCUAGAACCAUUCUGAUCAUCUCCACCAAAAAUAAAUAAGAAGCACGUUCAUUUAAAAAGGAAAGUAAUGACGAACAUCUCCAAAUGUUCUUCUUGUCUCAGCCAACCUUGGCAACAGGAUGCUAAAAGCUUUGAAAGCUUUGACAUAAACCAAUCCAUCAUCAGUUAGUAGCUGUCAUGAAGAAGAAUUCAGGUGAGGUUAUUUCUGUCUCUGACUGGCAGCGAUGUUUGACCAGCAGACUCUGGUUGUUCUGAGCAGCUGAAACAUGAACGUUUGAACCGGUAUGAAGGAAAAUCAGGGCGUUGUUGAAGGUUUCUGUGGUUCUGUGAAGGAUGCGGUGCUUAAUGAAGCUACUAAUCCAUCCUAAAACGAUGUUUCUAAAGAUAAGGAAAGUGUUGAAGCAGUGGCUAACAGGACUCGAGCCUUCAGCACUGAGGAGGUCUCCAUGUACAGGAUGUUUAAACUGUAGUUUUAAGACUAUUAAUGUCUUUAACACACUCAGACUGUCAAUCAACUAGAACAAACGAAGCAACUGAAGAUAUGAAUGUAGCUUUUUUAAUGCUAGAUGUAUCACUAAUGACAUCUUUGUAUGAAGGGAAGCCAGGUAGUUUGUUUUUUAUGUCACAACCAUGCCUUUGUAAUGUCACUGUGUUAAAUUACAGCGAGUCAGAGCCGACUGUGCCUUAUUGUCUCCUCAGCCCAGAGUCUGAACCGACAGACUGUAGAACCUAGUCCCACUAACUCCAAUCCUCACUGAGAACAUCCAGACUGCUGCUUCCUGCAUCGACCGACUGUCUGCAGCUCCAACAAGAACCAGGAGGUCAGAUCUUUAAUCACUGAACUGAGCAGGACGAUCACUUUAGAUUAGAAUCCAGAUGAUCAAAAUCACCUAAAUUUAUCCCGAUUUAACAAAAUUCACCAUGCCGUCCAUGAGCCAAGACAUUAUGACUGUUAAUAGGUGACUGAGGUGCGGGUCUGGAUAUAUAAACAGGAAGUGAACAGUCGGUUUUUGGUGCCAACACGUUCGAUGUGAUGACGUGAAACAUUUCCAUAAAGACCAAAACUCCUCCAGAUGUUUGGGUUGAGCUCCUGGUGAGGACAAACCAAGAAGCAGCGUCAGCGUUGGAACAAGAAGAACUCAGAUCCACGAUGGCUUCAGUUGGUAACUUCCAGGACUUUGAAGAUGUUCUGUCUUUGUGUUGGUGUCGGAGUUGAUUUUAAAGAAGCACGAAGGACCUCCAACAGAUGAUCAUAAUGUCUUGGCUCAUGAGGGUGGAAGCUUCUACUAGAAACAACUCGAGGAUGAAUUCAUUUGACAAAUGACUCCUUGUUUCAGAGGAAUCGAGCAGAUCACGUCAUUGAAAGCGCUUUGUCCUGGUUCUGUUGUGGUCUUCGGUGUCAUUCAACUCCAACCUAGUUCUGGUCUCAGAGGGAUCCGGCUGAAGGACUUCUCAAACCAGAACCCACAACAGAUGGUGAAUGACAUCGAGAAUCGCUGCAACAGAGACCUUCAGUGAGGACGAAGAACGUGAUGAGUCGACCAGAAAGACGCAUCAAAGCAGCAGAAUCACCGCCUCGGGUCGGAACAUCGAGGAUAAAAUCAAUGACUUUAUGAGAUGUAGAAGGUCCUGAUUCAGAUCCUGAUUUUAUCCCCAUCAGAUUAAACACCCAACAUCCAUCAACAGGAUGAAAGAGUUUCAGAUGAUGAUGCACUGGGGGCUAAGGCUAGCUGUUCACGCUACAUGGUGUCGCUGUUCACAUCAGCUAGCAGUAAAGUCAGGAGGUUUCUGGAGGAUUUCUCUGGAAAGUAGUUCAGUCCGGAUGAACAUCUUCAACUGAAAAAGGAAAACAUUUGAAUGCAUCAAAAGGUUUGUGGGUAAAUGUUUUCUGAGAACAAAAACGACAAAAUAACAUACUUAAGAACACAAAUGAUUUCUAUUUCCUGGAGCCACUGAUCAAUAAGUUGACUUCCUGUAAAGAGUUUCAUGUUUUCAGUGUUUUAUUGGUUCCAGAUUCUCUUGAUCUGCUGUUUUAAUGUGAUUUAAUCUGUUAAACUCUCAUCUUUGGUAAACAGGAAACAAAACAAUCUCAUUAUCUGAACGUUCAUUUUGCUCAUAAAUCAGGACGCUAAGUUUUAAUGAAUGUGUAAAAUCCAGCUCUUCUAAAGUAAAACAGGUUUGAUGUUUGAUGGAAGGAGGCUGAACUGGGCUUGAGUCAUUUCUUACAAAUUACUGGAUUUUUUUUGAAAAGUGAGCAGUUGAAGCUGGAAAGCAAAGUUUAGUGAUGGAGCUCAAACUUCAUAAAUAUUAGCAAACGUUAGCUCGGAGGCUAAAACACGACUGGGGGGGGGGGGGGGGGGGGGGGGAGAAGGAGGUUUGUUAUUUCAGUGAACCAGUUGUAUCUUUCAUCCAAUCAGUUCUCAUUCUGCAACAACAAAUAAACAUGUUUUAUUCCCA